AUGACGAUUUCUCAGAAUCGCUGGUGUUGCCUGGAUGUUGGUAUUGUCGGAGGCGGAAUGGGUGGUUUGGCAGCAGCCAUCGCCCUCCGCCGUGCCGGGCACCUCGUCACCCUCUACGAGAGGUUAGAUGUUUACAGAGAUACGGGGGCAUCUAUCUCUUGCCCUGCCAAUGGUUCCAAAUGGCUCGCUAAGUGGGGGGUGGACAUCGGGGAAGGGAAGCCGAUCACUAUUCUCAAGCAGAUUCGCCGUGACCUGGGAACGGGUGAGGUGAUAGAUGUGUUGGAUUUAUCUGACUAUGCAAACACCUGGGGACAUCCGAAUACUAACAAGGCUUACUAUAACUUCUACCGCGUUGACAUGCACAGGAUGCUCUUGACCACUGCCACCGCAGCACGUGGGGACGGCACCCCAGUGAAGAUUAAAAUGAAUCAUACCUGCAACUUCCUAGAUCUGGAAGCAGGCACGGUCUGUUUUACUAACGGACUUACCGCGCAGCAUGAUCUAAUUGUGGGUGCUGAUGGAGUCGGUUCCUGCAUCCGCCGGUUCCUGGGAAUCGAGCCAGUGCGCAAGCGAGCAACCUCUUCAUGCAUCCACUGUGUAAUCAAGACCUCAGACGUCUACCGCCUUGGUCUCCCCGAAAUGGCACGCAACGAUGCUCUCGAAUAUUGGGGCCAGGGGCUGCACAAGAUUGUCUACUCCGCCUGCCGCGAAGGUAGCGUGCAAUCAUUCUACCUCUUCUUCCCACUCUCCAGCGCAGAUCUAGACGAAGACCAAGAGACCUGGCUUGAAGGAACAACAUACCAGCAAGCGCUAAAGCCAUACUCCACGCUCGACCCUAAACUGCGCAUCCUGCUCACCCACUCCGAGGACAUCCGGCCCUGGCGUCUCUUCGAACACUCCCCGUACCCGACGUGGCAGUGCGGUCGUACCUGCAUUAUGGGGGACGCCGCGCACCCAAUGCUCCCUGACCAGAGCCAGGGGGCGUGCCAGGCUAUCGAGGAUGCAGCGGCGUUGGGCGUUAUAUUUUCUAGGGAGUAUACCUUCACUAAUGAUGUUAAUGCUGGCUUGCAGCUUUUUGAACGGAUUCGGAAACCGAGGGCGAGUAAAGUGCAGGCCGCGAGUGCACGGGCGCGCAAGAAUCUUUCGGAGCGGAUUGGGUUCUCUAGUAACAAGGAUAGUUCGCUCUACCUGGUGGAGAGUGAGGUUGGCAAGCUGACUAUUGAGGAGAUCAACGGGUUGGUUGCUCUGUUUCUUUUGUAG